AGAGGACAAAACCUGUUUGCUUGGAUUCUGAAUGCCAUUUAUUUGGCUCUCAGGAGUUGUUCUCUAUAAAUGUAAGAGCUGACUUGCAACCUUAAAGAGCCCUUCAAACAUGGACUACUUCAGUAAGUGCUUUCUUUUCCUUUGAAAUUUAAAUGCUGCAUCUUAAAACUAUUAUUCUUACUCAGCUGUGGUCAUGGUUGGCUUUCAUGUAAGUGGAGUGAUGAAUCUAAUGCAGAUUUUAAUCCGAAUUUUAAAGAAGAUUAGCAAUAGGUAAAACCUAUUCUGAGGAUAGGGUUCAGUACUAUGGAGACCUCUUAGUCUUGAACUACACACAAAGCAGAUAAAUUGGCAUUGCAGUUUUCACAUAAUGCUGUGUAUUUGUCUCCUCAGGCUUAUCAUUUCUUCCUGUAUUAUUUGUAUAGGUAGAAGACUGGUCACGUGUUAAUAUUUACCUUUUGCAUGUUUAAAUUGUUUAGCUUUUUAAGUAUUAUUUUGGUCUCAAUUCUGAAAAAAAUGUGAGGUAUGUGUAUAAAAAUACAUAGAACAAGAACUUUUGUUCAAUCGUCACUUGAAACCUGUUAUCAACAUCCUGAAAGGUUUGAUAGUUUCUGCUUAUAGGAAGGCAAACAGAAUAACACGCAAAGAAUAGUGAAAUGACAGAAAAAUCCCUCAGCUGGGAAAAUCAAUUCACCCCCAUCUCCUUUGUAUUUCUAGUACUUCUACCACUUUUACUGCUCAUGACUGACCUAACCUCUGGAAAUGGCAUUGACAACCUAGAAGGCUGUCUCCAAGAUCCGGAAUAUGAAAAAUGGUUGGAUAUUGCUAGACAUGGGCUAGGAAAGGCCUCGAGAGCAAAGACCAUUGUGGUUGUCGGGGCAGGAAUAAGUGGACUCACUGCUGCCAAAUUACUAAAAGAUGCCGGACAUCGGGUUGUGAUUUUGGAAGCCAGUCAUCGAGCAGGAGGACGAAUAAGGACACACCGAGAGGAUGAUUGGUAUGUGGAUAUGGGGCCUAUGCAGUUGCCCAAAUCUCACAGAAUUGUCCGUGAAUACGUGAGCAAAUUCAACCUCAGACUAAACCACCACGCUCAAAUGGAUGAGAAUGCCUGGUAUUUCAUCAGAAACAGCAGGCAUAGAGUGGGAGAUGUCCAUAAAAAUCCUGGAAUUUUUGGGUACGAAGUUAAUCCCAACGAACAAGGAAAAUCUGUUGAUGAACUUUUUCAGGAGGCACUGGAUGAGGUUACAAAAAACUGUACACUUUUGAAAGAGGAAUAUGACUCCUUUUCCACUAAGGAAUACUUAAUUAAGAAAGGAAAUUUGAGCAAAGAGGCCGUUGACAUGAUUGGUGAACUCCUGAAUCAAGAAUCUGGCUUCCACCUGUCAUUUCUUAACACUGCCAUGGAUUAUCUUAUCUACUCUAAAGACAGUUCUGAAGAAAUUUCAGGUGGAUUUGAUCAGCUUCCUCAACAUUUAUACCACGAAAUAUCUGAGAUUGUUCAUUUUAACUAUACAGUGGAGCAGAUUCAGUGUAUAGGUGAAAAAUUGAGAGUGUUCUACUGGUGGUCAUCUAAACGGGCAUUUUCGUCCCUUUUUGCUGACUUUGUUCUUGUCACAGCGACUGCAAAAGCCACGCAGCUCAUCAAAUUCGUGCCGCCACUUUCGGCUUCCAAGGCUCAGGCUUUGCGGUCUCUGAAUUAUGCAAGUGCUACGAAAAUUGCCUUGGUUUGCACUGAGAAAUUUUGGGAGGAAGACGGGAUUCAAGGUGGAUGGUCCAUCACAGAUCUCCCAUCCCGAAGAAUCAGCUACCCAAACCACAACUUCCCCAGUGGGAUGGGGGUACUGCUGGCUUCCUACACUUUGCAUGGCGACACUGAUUUGUAUAGUGCACUCAGUCCGGAAAAAUACAUUGGGAUACUGAUGGAUGACCUAGCAAAAAUCCACCAAAUAUCCAAACAAUACCUCGAGUCUAUUUGUCAGAAACAUGUAGUGCAAAAAUGGGCCUUGGACCAAUAUUCGGUUGGAGCAUUCAGUGCCUUCACCCCAUACCAGUUUACCCACUAUGCUAAUGUUUUGUCCCAGAAUGAAGACAGGAUUUACUUUGCAGGAGAACACACGACUCAUCCUCAUGCUUGGAUCGACAGCGCCAUGAAAUCGGCUAUAAAGGCCGCAAGUGAUAUCCACCAUAGGUGAAAUGGUGCUUCAGAGCAGAGAUGGCAAAAUAAAUUUAGAGAAGGCCAAUUUGGCUGUAAGAGAACUCCAAUGAAUGGUUUGGAAACUGCAACUAUAUUGAAGGUGCAGGUGUGCCUCACCUCAGUAGCCUAGAGGAGAAAACUGCAAAAGAAAUAAAUGAAAAGUAAAGCUGUAGAAUUAAUACAGUUUGAAAUCACUUCAGCUGUCUUGAAUCCUGGGAUUUGUAGUUUGAUGAUGAACCAGCAGUGAAUUUUCCUUCCUUGGGGUAGAUUCCUCUCAAUUCCUGUUGUCUCAUCCUGGUUCUUAACUAGGAGACUGUAAAGAAGUGUAUAAUUAUAUUUUGUUUAUAGAUGACAUGUGUAUUUGAUUUUGUUUGAACAGUCAGGUUUGGCUAAGUUUAAAAUGGUGAGUAUUUGAGUUGAUGAUGUAUGGGGGAAGGUAGCCAUCUUAAGGCAGGUUACCAUAGCAACAGGGGCGGAGCCAACCGCCGUUUGGAAAGAAAAAGGGGGAAUGUUUUAAAACCCAGGCAGUCUGUGAUUUCCAUUCACAGUGAAGGAACUGAUUCUUGUGUAGAGGAUCAGGGUGACUCAAAAGAAUUUGAGUCAGGUCUAAAAUAAAAGGAUUUAUUUUAGGCAGUCUGUGAUUUUCUAGUCACAGUGGAGGAUCUGAUUCUUGUGAGGAGAAUCAGGUUGGCUCAAAUAGAAGGAUUUGAGUCAGAUCUAAGUUGGACCAGACUAGGCAAGUUAGGUGACUUGUCUAGGGUCAUUUAUAGAGCCUGUGGAUUAGGGAAAAUUAAUCCCAGGGGAUCCAGGAGGAUCAGGGUUUAGUGUAAUCCAGAGAAAGAAAUAUUUUGAAAGUUUGACCACCUCAUAUCCGUUUGUAGCCAUUAAGUGAAGUGCCUUUAACAAGUUAUAUGAAACCAUCAAGCUCUGUACCUGCAAUAAACUUAUUUUGAUUUUAUUCUAA